AUGAAUCUGAUGCGUUUCAAGCAACUGUUGCUUCUGCUCUGCGGCAUUCUGAUCGCGCAGGAUGCGGCUGCAGUUAUGGAUCUGCCUGCAUUGACGGUCACCACAGAAGACGACGGUACGCAGAAAUACAGCGUGGGUAUUCAGAUCCUUGUCGUAAUGACCAUCCUGACGCUGUUACCGUCUCUGGUCAUCAUGAUGACGGCGUUCACCCGCAUUAUCAUUGUAUUUGCAAUUCUGCGACAGGCUAUCGGCAUGCAGCAGACGCCUUCCAAUCAGAUAUUGGUUGGCAUCGCGCUGUUUAUGACUAUUUUCAUCAUGGCGCCGGUGUUUGAAGAAGUGAAUCGAGUUGCUAUAGAGCCCUACGUUGCCGAAACCUUACCUCCUCAACAGGCACUUGAGGCUGCAGCGGAACCUUUUCGUGCGUUUAUGUUAGAGCAGACUCGUGAAAACGAUCUGGAUCUGUUCAUGCGCUUGUCUGAACACGAACCUGUGGAUACCGCUGAAGACAUCAACUUUUUUGUGCUGGUGCCUGCUUUCAUGACCAGUGAAUUGAAGACUGCUUUUCAGAUUGGCUUCAUGUUGUUUAUACCAUUCCUGAUUAUCGACAUGGUGGUUGCAAGUGUUCUGAUGUCCAUGGGUAUGAUGAUGCUGUCGCCAUUGAUUAUCUCCCUGCCGUUCAAAAUCAUGUUGUUCGUGUUGGUUGACGGUAUUGGGGAUGUGCUUUCAGUGUUUGGUGAGGCGCUGGGACUGAUUGUCAUCAUCGUUUCUAUUCUGGUGUUGCCAAGCUUGUUCGUCGGCCUGGUCGUCUCUGUUUUUCAGGCUGCGACGCAGAUUAAUGAACAAACAUUAAGCUUUCUGCCUCGCCUUCUUAUGACGUUACUGUCAAUUAUGGCGCUGGGCCCCUGGGUGCUGUCAGAACUGUUGGAUCACUUUCAGCGGAUCUUCGAAAUGAUCCCCAUCCUCGAGUUGCUGUUCAAUACUCUGCGGGUUGCGGGCUUCUUCAUGGUAGUGCCGAUCUUUGGUAACCAACUGGUAUCGCCGCGGAUCCGCAUUGCUUUAAGUAUGGCGGUAGGUCUUGCUCUGACGCCAGUUAUGGGUGAUGCGCCGGAUAUUGCUGAUCUUAACCUGGGUAUCAUGGUGGAUCUGGUUUUACAGAUUAUGCUGGCCAUAGGCCUGGGUUUUACUGCGGUUAUUUUCUUCCAGUUGUUUGUGAUUGCCGGCCAGUUUAUCGGCAUGCAGAUGGGGCUUGGAUUUGCUGCCAUGGUAGAUCCUGGAAAUGGCGUAUCUGUCACUGUCUGGUCGCAAUUUUUCCUCAUGUUGGUGACGUUGUCUUUUCUGGUACUCAAUGGUCACCUGAUUCUUUUCGAGAUUUUUGUUGCCGGUUUCAAGCUUUAUCCGAACGGUAUGGAACUGGGUAUGGGUGAGUUUGCCGCGCGUAUCGCCCAACUGGGCGGCUGGAUGUUCGCCGGUGGUGUCCUGCUUGCCAUACCCGCGGUUGUUUCGCUGCUGAUUGUAAACAUGUCGUUUGGCGUCAUGAAUCGCAGCGCCCCGCAGUUGAACGUAUUUUCUCUCGGUUUUCCGUUCAGCCUUUUGUUCGGGUUGGUCAUUAUCUGGUUUGUACUGCACGGCUGGGCUGAUCAGUUCCAUCGUCUCGCUACUGAAUUUCUCGACAUCGUCAGCGGUAUCUCGCAGGAAGGGCAGGUCGCUCGUUCGCGUGAACUGAACAGCGUUGCCAUCGUGACAUUCGGCGCCGCUGCUGCGAUUUUUGUCGCGCCUGAUCUUGCAGCGCUGAUGAUGGACAUGACCCGGGUGAUAUUCACUUCAGCAGCACAACCGGAAAUUCCGUUGCCCACUUAUCUAAGUAAUGCCGUUGGUGAGGCUAUGUGGGCAAUUUUGCCGUUCAGUCUGGUGAUGUUCGCGGCUGGCGUUCUGUCCAGCAUCGGCGUUGGCGGCAUAUUGUUUUCUUCUAAAGCGUUUGCGCCAAAGUUAAGCCGAAUGAGUCCGCUAAAAGGUCUGGGACGUAUGUUCUCAAAAAAAUCGCUGAUGGAGCUGGCUAAAUCGUUAGCAAAAUUUGUACUGGUGUCUGGCGUAGCAACGCUUGUUUUGUCUUAUUUCCUGGAUGAUUUGUUGGUUCUCGGCGGAUUGCCGGUAGAAGUCGCUAUUGCAGAAGGCGUCGUUUAUGUCGGCUGGGCGCUGCUGUUUAUUGGGAUGGCGCUGGUUGUUGUUGCCGUUAUGGACGUGCCUUUUCAAGUUGCGGAUCACAAGAAGCAACUCAAGAUGACUAAACAGGAAGUCAAAGACGAGCAUAAAGACUCGGAAGGCAAACCUGAAGUAAAAGCCAGAAUACGUGCGCUGCAGCAGCAGAUGUCGCGGCGCAAAGCACUUGAAGAUGUACCGGAUGCCGAUGUGGUUAUCACCAACCCCGAGCAUUUCUCGGUAGCUAUUAAGUACAACGCAAAAGAAAUGGCUGCACCGGUACUGUUGGCUAAAGGUGUAGAUCACAUGGCAUUUCGUAUCCGGGAAAUUGCGGAUAAGCAUGAGGUGCCUAUUGUGCCGAUACCUGCUCUGGCACGUGCGAUUUACUUUAAUACCGAAGCAGGUGAUGAAAUCCCGGAAGGUUUGUAUAUCGCCGUAGCCCAGGUGCUUGCCUAUAUCUAUCAGUUAGAGCAGUACCAGCGAGGCGCUCUCGCUAUUCCCUGUCUGUUGUUGCUGGUUCUGGCACUGAUGACGAUCCGCGUCCCGCCCACGGUACUGGACCUGUCUUUUACCUUUAACAUUGCACUGGCACUGGUUGUUCUGCUGGUCAGUGUUUACGUCAUGCGUCCGCUGGAUUUUGCGGCGUUUCCAACCAUUCUCCUGGUUGCGACGCUGUUAAGACUGGCAUUAAACGUAGCGUCUACCCGGGUUGUGUUGCUUGAUGGCCAUGGUGGCGGAUCUGCGGCUGGAAAGGUCAUUGAAUCCUUCGGAGAAGUCCUGGUUGGUGGUAAUUACGUGGUCGGUCUUGUCGUAUUCAUCAUUCUGGUGAUCAUCAAUUUUGUGGUUGUGACAAAGGGCGCCGGCCGCAUUUCUGAAGUCAGUGCUCGAUUUACCCUGGAUGCGAUGCCAGGCAAACAGAUGGCCAUUGAUGCGGAUUUGAAUUCUGGAGUAAUUGAUCAGGAACAGGCACGCGUACGCCGUGAAGAAGUGGCAGCUGAAGCGGAUUUCUACGGCUCGAUGGACGGCGCAAGCAAAUUUGUCAAAGGUGAUGCGAUAGCCGGCAUUCUAAUACUGCUGAUAAAUAUUGUUGGUGGUCUGACAAUCGGCAUCGUGCAGCACGAUCUGGAUUUCAGUCAGGCCCUGGAAGUUUAUACGCUGUUGACGAUUGGUGACGGACUGGUAGCCCAACUUCCCUCUUUGUUGCUCUCUACGGCGGCAGCAAUGAUCGUGACACGCGCAAACAGCUCUCAGGAUAUGGGGCUACAGGUGGUUAACCAGCUUUUUGCAGAACCUAAAGCGUUGGCAAUUGCUGCCGGUAUUCUAUUUGCGUUAGGUAUUGUUCCCGGGAUGCCGCACGGGGUGUUUUUAACCCUCGCUAUAGCAGCCGCUGCGAUUGCAUGGUGGAUUCAUCAGAAAUCUCUGCAACCAGUUGCUGUUGCGACAGCUGUGGAAGAAGAGGUGGCAGACGUACAACCAGAGCGUUCCGAAGUCAGUUGGGAAGAUGUCAGUCCGGUAGAUACGCUGGGUUUAGAGGUGGGUUAUAAACUGAUCCCGCUGGUUGAUAAGAAUCAGAGCGGUGAGCUGCUGAGUCGAAUACGCGGUGUAAGGAAAAAACUUUCACAAGAGCUCGGUUUUCUUGUGCCAACGAUCCAUAUCAGAGACAACCUUGAUCUGUUACCCAACGGUUACAGGUUUUCUUUAAUGGGUGUCAGUGUUGGGGAGGCAGAGAUAUUUGUAGAUAAAUUUCUGGCGAUCGACCCGGGCGAAACGUUUGGUCCCUUGAGUGGUCUGGCAACAAAAGACCCAGCCUUCGGUCUGCCGGCUUACUGGAUAGAAGAACAUGAAAAAGACAAUGCCCAGACCCUUGGCUACACAGUUGUAGAUGCCAGUACUGUUGUGGCUACGCAUGUCAAUCAGAUCAUGUUGGAUAACGCAGCAGAUCUGCUGGGGCAUGAUGAAGUGCAGCAUCUGGUUGAUUUACUGGCCCAGGGUUCGCCAACUCUCGCCGAGCAGCUGGUGCCUGGAGCGAUCAGUUUGUCGGGAUUGUUAAAAAUAUUGCAGAACCUGCUGCGCGAAAAAAUUCCGGUGAAAGACAUACGUACUAUUGCACAGUGUCUGGCUGACGGUAGCGCCAGCAGCCUGAGUCUGGAUGAUCAGACUAAUCUGGUACGUAGUCAGCUUUCACGCAUGAUCGUACAGAACAUAUACGGAAGUGAGCAAUCGUUAGAAGUCAUCACGCUCGAUCCGGAGCUGGAACAACUGCUGUUGCAGGCAAAAAAUCAGGGCAGUGCCGAUGCACCGGUGAUCGAGCCGGUGAUGGCGGAGUUGGGGGGCGAUGCACUUAUCCUGCGGCAGCACCGGGAAGGCUAUCAGGUCAGUUCAGUGACUGUUGAGUCGCUGAUUCCAAGACAAAGUAACCCAGGCUGUCAUCCCGAUCUGGUGGAGCACCUGGUAAAACUUGGGUACGAGGAGUCUGUGAUUCAGGCUUUGCCCGGUUGUGCAGAUCUUGGUCAGUUUCGAACCGUGCUGGCUCAACGCCUGCACUAUGCCCACAAGCCAGGUUCCGCGCUGCUGGGUGUUUAUCGCUUUGUUGGUACCAGUGGCGUCGGCAAAAGCUCACUGGUUAUAAAGCUGAUGGCGCAGUUUGUGAGGCAGAACCCGAGCACGGCGCUAGCUGUAAUUUCCACAGAUAUGGAGCGACUUGCGGGUACCGAAGCGCUGCAGCUCGCGUGCCAGACAUUUGGUGUGCACAUGCAGGAGUGUGCGCCUGAAGAACUGCAGGCCACCGUGCAGAAGUUCAAAAACAAAGCGCUGAUACUCGUUGAUACGCCGGCAAUAGCACCAGCGCGCCCCUUGAUCGCUAUCAGUGGGGUGAAAGAUAUCUGGGUUUGCAGUGCGCUGCACAGUGAUGCUUUGGGUGGUUUGUUGUACGACCUGCGUCUGCCGCUCUACUGGCUGGGCACCGCCAAUGGGUUACCUGAUGGCCUGGAGCUGGCAAAUGAAAUGGUCAAGCUUGGACCACGGGAACAUGCGGGGCUGAUCUCUGCGUUCAGCGAUAUCGCUCACAAAAUGGACGUAUUGAUUAUCGAUACAGCGGCGGGCAUUGCCGACGAUGUGUUGAGCUUUCUGUGUGCAGCGCAGGAAAUUAUUGUGGUGGUAUGCAACGAACCGACAUCAAUUACAGACGCUUACGCGCUGAUAAAAAUUCUGAAUCAGCAGUUUGGUAUCAACAAGAUCCGUGUCGUUGCCAAUAUGGUACGCAAUGACGCUGACGGCGUCGCCGUAUAUGACAAGUUGCAACACGUCACUGAUCGUUUUCUUGAUGUAGCCUUGUUGCACGCCGGGUCUAUUCCUCAGGAUGAGCAAUUACGUCGAGCGGUGCAGAAACAGCGCGCCGUGCUUGACCUUUAUCCUGCCAGCAAGUCUGCGCAGGCGGGCAUGUUGGGCCUGCUGGAAUCGGUAGGUAAAUAUGAUGCGUCGAAAGGCGCCAGUUUCGAAACCUAUGCCGGUAUCCGCAUUCGGGGAUCUAUGCUGGAUGAAAUGCGUCGUGGAGAUUGGGCGCCGCGUUCGGUGCAUCGCAAUGCACGUCGGGUGACCGAGGCUAUGCGUAAGGUUGAGCAUGCACUAGGCAAAGAAGCCAGCGAUCGUGACAUCGCCGAUCGUAUGCAGGUGUCGUUGGAAGAGUACUACGACAUUUUAAAAGAUGCCUCUACCUGUCGUCUUGUCAGCUACGAAGAAUUGAAUGAGAGCGACGAUCCCAGUGCUCUGCCUCAUCUGGAUGUCGGUGAUCACGGCGCUGAGCGUGAUGAAAUGAUACAGGACCUGGUUGCUGCCAUCGGCGAGUUACCUGAACGCGAACGUCUGGUGAUGUCGCUUUAUUACGACGAAGAAUUGAAUUUGAAAGAAAUUGGCGCUGUGCUUGGCGUCAGUGAGUCGCGUAUCAGCCAGAUUUUAAGCCAGGCCACUUUGCGGGUACGCAGCAAAGUAGGUGGACAGGUUGCGGCGCUCCUGGAUGCGCCGGCGUUCAUCAUUGUUGUGGGUGGGACGCUGGGCGCUGUCGUUUUGCAAACGCCGUGGUUGAGUCUGGUACGUAUUCUGGGUGCCGUCAUUGGCCUUAUUCAGGUAUUGGGUAACCUCGCUGUUGGCGAGCCUGACAAAGCCGCAUCUCCCCAUGUUGUUGACCUGCCAGAAAGUACAGCUUUUGCUGAUCAGGAAGAUGGAGAUACUUUUAUUGAGGAUCCCAUUGACGCGGCGCAAUCCUUAUUGGGUGGUUUUGCUCAGCUGGAGGGUGUCUCAGUGGCCUCCAACAAUGAAUGGCUCGAGCUCAGCCUGGAUGCCAACGUAUUGUUUGCACCAGGACAAACCAGCCUGACCCCGGUUGCGGCAGCUUUACUCGAGCCAGCCGUCGCGCUGGUUUCCAGCACCCGAAACCCGUUAACAAUAGAAGGCUUUACUGACAACGUGCCCAGUGAAUCUCAGUUGUAUCCUUCCAAUUGGGAAAUAUCAUCCGCACGGGCGUCAUCAGUAGCUCGUUUCUUUGUCAGUCAGGGGGUGCGCCCUGAACGAAUUUCCGCCGUAGGUUAUGGCGAAAACUUCCCGGUUGCGACCAAUGCUACGCCUGAUGGGCGGGCCGCCAACCGGCGUGUUGUCGUAGUCAUUGCUCGACGCACAGAUGCCUCGCGAAACCUCAAUGCAAACCCCGAGGGUGGGGCUUUUGCAUUCCUGCGCUCAGGGCCGCAAAACGAGCUUGAUCCGCGGGUUGUGAAAACCAGAACGCCCGAGGGUGGAUUAAUAUUCAGUACCGAAAGUGAUCUGCUGUCUCGUGAUGAUGAAUAG